UAGGCAGACAGAGGAACAGCCUGAAGGCUGGACAGGCUGACAGAUUCAGGGCUGUGGCAUGAAGCUGCUGCCCAGCUGGAGAGCAGUGCUGCCCGUGGGCCCUCGGGGCAGGGCCUAGCCAUGAGCACAGCAACCCAGAAGAACUGCACACGCCUAUGCCCCAAAGAUGAGGGCCCAAGAGGACCCCAAAGGCCAGACACAGCAUGAGUCCCCAGGCUCAGCAGGGACCUCUAUGAAGGACCCCCCAAUGUCCCUGCCCAAGUUUGAAGAGCCCAAGUUUGACAUGUUGUACAAGAUCGAGGACGUGCCACCCUGGUACCUGUGCAUCCUGCUGGGCUUUCAGCAUUACCUGACAUGCUUCAGUGGCACCAUCGCUGUGCCCUUCCUCCUGGCUGAGGCGCUGUGUGUGGGCCACGACCAGUACAUGGUCAGCCAGCUCAUCGGCACCAUUUUCACCUGCGUGGGCAUCACCACCCUCAUCCAGACCACACUGGGCAUCCGGCUGCCGCUGUUCCAGGCCAGCGCCCUUGCAUUUCUGGUCCCAGCCAAAGCCAUCCUGGCCCUGGAGAGAUGGAAAUGCCCGCCGGAAGAGGAGAUCUACGGUAACUGGAGUCUGCCCCUGAACACCUCUCAUAUCUGGCACCCACGGAUGCGAGAGGUCCAGGGCGCAAUCAUAGUGUCCAGCAUGGUGGAGGUGGUGAUCGGGCUGUUAGGGCUGCCCGGGGCCCUGCUCAGCUACAUUGGGCCUCUCACGGUUACCCCCACUGUCUCCCUCAUUGGCCUCUCUGUCUUCCAAGCUGCUGGAGACCGAGCAGGCUCCCACUGGGGCAUCUCAGCUUGCUCCAUUCUCCUGAUCGUCCUCUUCUCCCAGUACCUGCGCAACCUCAACUUCCUGCUGCCUGUCUACCACUGGGGAAAGGGCCUCACUGUCUUCCGCAUCCAGAUCUUCAAGAUGUUUCCCAUUGUGCUGGCCAUCAUGACUGUGUGGCUGCUCUGCUACGUCCUGACCCUGACGGACGUGCUGCCCCCAGACUCCACAGCCUAUGGCUUCCAGGCACGAACGGACGCACGAGGGGACAUCAUGUCUAUUGCACCAUGGAUCCGCAUCCCCUACCCCUGUCAGUGGGGCCUGCCCACAGUGACUGCGGCUGCUGUCCUGGGAAUGUUUAGUGCCACACUAGCAGGCAUCAUUGAGUCCAUCGGAGAUUACUAUGCUUGUGCCCGUCUGGCUGGUGCGCCACCCCCUCCAGUACAUGCUAUCAACAGAGGCAUCUUCACCGAAGGCAUCUGCUGCAUUAUUGCAGGGCUGUUAGGCACUGGCAAUGGGUCCACCUCGUCCAGCCCCAACAUUGGCGUCCUGGGGAUUACCAAGGUAGGCAGCCGGCGCGUGGUGCAGUACGGUGCGGGUAUCAUGCUGGUCCUGGGCACCAUUGGCAAAUUCACGGCUCUCUUCGCCUCGCUCCCCGACCCCAUCCUGGGGGGCAUGUUCUGCACCCUCUUCGGCAUGAUUACGGCUGUGGGGCUGUCCAACCUGCAGUUCGUGGACAUGAACUCCUCCCGCAACCUCUUCGUGCUCGGAUUUUCCAUGUUCUUCGGGCUCACGCUGCCCAAUUACCUGGAUUCCAACCCCGGCGCCAUCGACACAGGCAUUCUUGAAGUGGACCAGAUUCUUACUGUGCUGCUGACCACGGAGAUGUUUGUGGGUGGAUGUCUUGCUUUCAUACUGGACAACACAGUGCCAGGGAGCCCAGAGGAACGAGGUCUCAAACAGUGGAAAGCUGGGGCCCAUGCCAACAGUGAGAUGUCUACCAGCCACAAGAGCUAUGACUUCCCCAUUGGAAUGAGCAUGGUAAAAAGGAUUACCUUUCUGAAAUACAUUCCUAUCUGCCCAGUCUUCAAAGGCUUUUCUUCAAGGUCAAAAGGCCAGCUUCCAGUUCCAGAAGACACUCCAGAAAAUACAGAAACUGGGUCUGUGUGCACCAAGGUCUGAAAAAUUACUCCCAGGAAAGGAAGCAUGGUAUAUAACAGGAAAAGAAAACUACAUGGGAAGUAGAAGACCUAAGUCGGAUUCCCAGCUCUGCCCGUAACUAACUUCCUAUGUAAGCCUGAAGAAGUGACUCUCUCUGGGACUCCAUUUUUGCAUUAGUUUAAAAAAAAAAGGGAAGAAUGGGCCAAAAUCUCUAGGAGCCUUAAAGACUUGUACCACCAUUAUUCUCUCUCUCUCUAAAUCCUUACUUUCCUAAGCAGAUGUGUCAGCAUAUGGGGAACAGCUGGAAAUUUUCCCCUACCACAUCUUGGAAUGCAACUUGAUAAAAACAAAAAGAAACCAGGACGGAUUCCAGGACCUGAAAUGUAGGCAUGCUGGCAGGCUUUUAGACUGAAUCUGACCCCCUUCCAUUACUUACUUCAAAACCAAAGCAUAUUAAACAUGUCGGAGCAAUAAUUUUAGUUUCAUAAUUUAUACACAAUCACUUCCUUAGAACGUAUUCUCCCCUCUCCCAAGGGAAAUAUAUAUAAACUUUAAAAGUGUGACGUUUAAAUAAAAAUGCACCGUUCUUGAAUAUGCAAUCUUUUGGCAGCUACAAAAGAAUGAGAAGGAAUUAAAGUAAUCUCAAAUAGACCGAGUUGAACAAACCAGUUUCUAUACAAUGGAAUUAUACUGGGUCCAGAUUAAAGUUAUACAUAACGCCCAGCAAAGGGCUUUACUCAUCGGGGC